AUGAACUUUCAAAAAAAUAGUAGUCAUAUUGUUAUUAAAUUCCAUGAAAAAACUAAACAUGGAAAAGAAAGCAUUGAUGUUAUACCAAUUUCAUGGACGUUUCAAAAAAAGGGUAAAUUGUAUUGUAAAUAUCCAUCUAAAAAAGAGUACGAUAAAUUAGAUAAAAUGAGUAAGGAAUCAGCCGUACCUGAAGACUGUUGGAAAAUGUUUGAAAUCACUAAGGUCAAAGAAGCUAGAAGUUAUGAUCAAGGAUUACGUAGGAUGAUUAGGGCAUGUUCUGAUACAGUAAUUCAUAGCAGUAAUGUAGAAGAAAGAAAUAGCUCAGAAGAAGAAAUUGGUCCUCUUCAAUUAAGUGGUUCUACAUUAAAAAAAUCUUUGGAUACAAUAUGUGAAUUGAAUGAAAAUAGUAUUUUUCAUAUGAAUACAGUCGACCAAAAAAAUGAUGGACACAUACAAAAUAAUAACACAGAUGUUGUCAAUAUUAGUAGUAGUAUAGUAUUAGCAUCGUCGUCAUCAUCAUCGUCAUGCUUACUGAGAAAACAGUCUUCAGACAAAAUUGAAAAACAAAUUGUUGACAGCAGUGAAGACACAGAUUCAUCUACUAAAUCAUUUAUGCCACGUAAAAGGAAGAGAAAGAUACUACUAAGUAGGGUCAAAAAUGACAAACAAAUUGUUGACAGCAGUGAAGACACAGAUUCAUCUACUAAAUCAUUUAUGUCACGUAAAAGGAAGAAAAAGAUACUAACAAAACUGCAGUCAUCAAAGUAUUCUGUGAUAGAAGACGAAGCGAAUCUAAACAACAUUGACCUCACAGUUGUCAAUAACAAAGAAAAACUAAUUCCAGAAAAAAUCAACAAAAUAGAAAGAUGA